AUGGAGGACUCAGAGCGGACGGAAGUGGUCCUGCUGGCCUGCGGGUCCUUCAACCCCAUCACCAACAUGCACCUCCGCUUGUUCGAGCUGGCCAAGGACCACAUGGACGGGACAGGGAAGUACCGAGUCACCAAGGGCAUCAUUUCUCCGGUCAGCGAUGCCUACAGGAAGAAAGGCCUGGUCGCUGCCCGGCACCGAGUGGCCAUGGCCAAGCUCGCAACCCAGAGCUCCCCGUGGGUGACUGUGGACCCCUGGGAGAGUCUCCAGAAGCACUGGACAGAGACGGUGAAGGUGCUGAGGCACCAUCAAGAGAAACUCCAGGCGAGCUCCAGGGGACAGCAGCUGGGCUCUGCCGGGACGGACAGGCCAGGUCGGAAGAGGAAGUGGGCUGAGGAGAGACACAAUCGCAGCCCCAGGAAAGCCCCGGAGCCCCCGACAAAGGGUGUGCCCCAAAUCAAGCUGCUGUGCGGUGCGGACCUGCUGGAGUCCUUUGGGGUUCCACACUUGUGGAAGAGCGAGGAUAUUGCCCUCAUUGUGGGCCACUAUGGGCUCGUGUGCAUCACACGGGUGGGCAGUGAUGCUCAGAAAUUCAUCUAUGAGUCCGAGGUGCUGUGGCAGCACCGGCACAACAUCCACCUGGUGAGCGAGUGGGUCCCCAACGACAUCUCGUCCACCCGCAUCCGCCAGGCCCUGCGCCGGGGCCAGAGCAUCCGCUACCUGGUGCCCGAUCCCGUGCAGGAGUACAUAGAGCAGCACCGACUGUACAGCCAGGAGAGCGAGGAGAACAAUGCGGGCCUCACCUUGGCCCCUCUGGAGAGAAACAUGGCAAAAGCCAAUGCCAGGAACACCGUGGCCUCAUAGUCUUGGCAUGGCCCAUCUGCGAGCAGCGAGCAUUGGACCGUCUUUCAUACACUAGAACUUUCGGAAGGAGCCAAAGCGGGCCAGAGAGAUAGUACAGUGGGAAACCCUCUCGCCAUGUGGGAAACCAACCUGGGUCGAUCCCAGCAUUCCCCCUAAGUUUCCCCGAACACCAGGAGUGAUUCCUGCUUACAGAGCCAGGCAGACCCCCUGAGCACCGCCAGGUGUGACCCUAAAACCAUGAUCUCAGGCUUUAUUGAAAUGAAGAGACACCCCCUACUAUGUGCCUCCAGCUCAGAGCCCAGUGCUGAGAAAUGGCUUUGAGGGUCCCCCUGACCCAAAUUGCAGCACUCCAACUCCCUCAUCUAUGUUCCAGUCUACUGUGCCGGCCACUGGUGGAUUUUCAGGGUA